UUUAGCUUCCAAAAUGAAAACUUUAACGUGUUGCGUACUUUUAGCUUUGUGCGGUCUGGCAACUUCUGCAUUUAACUUUGAUCAAGAACUGUUGGCUCUUCUGGGUGGUUUAGAAACAGUCGAUAACUCAGCUUCAAUUAACGAUUACAUCGAUUCCGUAUUGGUGGGCCUGAAUCAGUUUCUCGACGAUCUCCACUUCAGUAAUGUUGACUUACCAGUUAUCGAUAAGUCGUUCCAAUAUUCAUUCUUUUCGGGCAAAAUAAAUUUAGAGAAUGGCACGCUGAAUAAUUUGAACACAAUUGAACGAGCAAACGAUAGCGUAGUAAAAUACGCGCCUCCCUAUCUCCGAGUUUAUUUGCCACUGAAAACCACCAAGGUGAACCUUCAUUACGAGUACCAGGGAAACCUUAUGGGCAUGACACCCGAAGGUGUAGUUAAUGGUAAUAUAUCACACUUGGAGUUAGCAAUGGAAGCCGGUAUAAAUUUAAAAAAUCUACGUGUCAAUCUGUUUAAGUUUCAUAUUGAGAAGAUAGCGGGUAUAUCGCUUGUUUUUGAAGGACCUGGAUUCAUAACGUCCAUUCUGAAUGGGGUUGCGGGUAUGCUAACGCCAACAAUAGAAGAGCUCAUACCGGAAAAGGGUGAUGAGAUCGUGAAAGGUAUAUUGGAGAGUAAAAUAUCCGAACUCAACAAAGUAAUUUGCGAAAAACUGAACGAUUGUUAAAAGCCGCGUUUUCAAACUGCAGCUCAUAAACACUUUAAACUUGUCCUCUGCAAAUAAAACAUUGUUUAUAGG